UUCCUAGGGGCCUAAACCUGAGUUCUGGCCUGAAGUCCUUGCUGCAAACCUGAAUGCUGAAAUUUGGGACUAGAGACCUCCAAAACUUGACUUAGCACCCCAAUAUCUGAACCCAGCGCCCAGUGUUGGAUCCCAGGACUGCGUUUGGAACUUAGAACCUAAACUCUCUAUUUGGCUGUUUAGCAUCACAAGACUGGAGCUGGGCGACCCUAAUUAUGAACAACCCAAAGUGGUGCCUGGGUCUCUAAAAUUGCAUCCUAGAGGCCCAAUAUUUGGGGAUCUGGUACGCUAAGUACCAAGGUCUGGAGACUGCGACCACAUAGCUGAGACAAGAUAAUCCCUGUACAGAGGCCUUGGGGACAAGGAGGCAUGACCAGGUCCCCCUCCAGAACCCUGACCCCUGACCCCCUUGGAGCCUGAGGACUCUGCUCCCUGGGGCGGCUUCCAGCUCAGGCCGCCCCUGCCCGCGAUGGCCGUCUUCCCGCUGCUCCUUUGCCUGCUACCGCUGGCCCCCGCCUCGUCUCCAUCCCAGCCAGCCAUCGCCCCGUGUCCCCGCCGCUGCCGCUGCCAGACACAGUCACUGCCCCUAAGUGUGCUGUGCCCGGGCGCAGGUCUUCUGUUCGUGCCACCCUCACUGGACCGCCGGGCAGCUGAGCUGCGCCUGGCGGACAACUUUAUUGCGGCUGUGCGCCGCCGCGACCUGGCCAACAUGACGGGCCUGCUGCAUCUGAGCUUGUCACGUAAUACCAUCCGGCAUGUGGCAGCUGGUGCCUUCGCUGACCUUCGCGCCCUGCGCGCCCUGCACCUAGAUGGCAACCGGCUGACCUCGCUGGGCGAGGGUCAGCUGCGCGGCCUAGUCAAUUUGCGCCAUCUCAUCCUGAGCAACAACCAGCUGGCUGCCCUGGCAGCUGGUGCCCUGGAUGACUGUGCUGAGACACUGGAGGACCUCGACCUCUCCUACAACAACCUGGAACAGCUGCCGUGGGAGGCUUUGGGUCGCCUGGGCAACGUCAAUACAUUGGGCCUUGACCACAACCUGCUGGCUUCUGUGCCUGCCGGCGCCUUUUCCCGUCUGCACAAGUUGGCACGGCUAGACAUGACCUCCAACCGCCUGACCACCAUCCCGCCUGACCCACUCUUCUCCCGCCUACCACUGCUAGCCAGGCCCCGUGGCUCACCCGCCUCUGCCCUGGUGCUGGCCUUCGGUGGGAACCCUCUGCACUGCAACUGCGAGCUGGUGUGGCUGCGGCGGCUGGCGCGGGAGGAUGACCUCGAAGCCUGUGCCUCCCCGCCUGCUCUGGGUGGCCGCUACUUCUGGGCUGUGGGUGAGGAAGAGUUUGUGUGUGAGCCCCCCGUGGUGACUCACCGCUCGCCACCCCUGGCAGUGCCUGCAGGUCGGCCAGCUGCCCUGCGCUGUCGGGCAGUGGGGGACCCUGAGCCCCGUGUGCGUUGGGUGUCACCCCAGGGCCGACUGCUGGGCAACUCAAGCCGUGCUCGCGCCUUCCCUAAUGGAACGCUGGAGCUGCUGGUUACAGAGCCAGGUGAUGGCGGCAUCUUCACCUGCAUUGCAGCCAAUGCAGCUGGCGAGGCCACGGCUGCUGUUGAGUUAACCGUGGGUCCCCCCCCACCCCCCCAGCUAGCCAACAGCACCAGCUGUGACCCCCCACGGGAUGGAGAUCCUGAUGCCCUCACCCCGCCGUCUGCCGCUUCUGCCUCCGCCUCUGCCAAGGCAGCUGAUACUGGGCUCCCUACCGACCGUGGUGUCCAAGUAACUGAGCAUGGGGCCACAGCUGCUCUCAUCCAGUGGCCAGAUCAGCGGCCUAUCCCAGGCAUUCGCAUGUACCAGAUCCAGUACAACAGCUCAGCCGAUGACAUCCUCGUCUACAGGAUGAUCCCAGCUGACAGCCGCUCCUUCCUGUUGACGGACCUGGUGUCAGGACGCACCUACGAUCUGUGUGUGUUAGCAGUGUACGAAGAUGGCGCCACAGGGCUGACAGCCACGCGGCCAGUGGGCUGUGCCCGCUUCUCCACCGAGCCAGCACUGCGGCCUUGUGGGGCCCCACACGCACCCUUCCUGGGCGGCACCAUGAUCAUCGCGCUGGGUGGUGUCAUUGUGGCCUCGGUACUGGUCUUCAUCUUCGUUCUGCUCAUGCGCUACAAGGUGCACGGCGGCCAGCCCCCAGGCAAGGCCAAGGCAUCUGCGCCCGUCAGCAGCGUUUGCUCCCAGACCAACGGCGCCACGCCAGCCCUGCCUGUCCCUGAGCCCGCCGCACCCAGGGCCCACACCGUGGUCCAGCUGGACUGUGAGCCCUGGGGGCCCAGUCACGAACCCACGGGACCCUAGCCUUGCGCCCACCUCUAUGGCCCUUCUGGCCCAAGGGGUGGCAGGACCCAGGCACGCUGUGGGACCUGGCCUCAGACUCACCAAAUUGUUCACGGUUUUUAAAACUUAUGGGGAGGGUGUCAGGGGCACUGGGGCACAACAAGAAAGUCCUAUUUUUCUAAGCUUGGGC